AUGGGGAGAGGGAAGAUCGUGAUAAGGCGGAUCGACGACUCCACAAGCAGGCAAGUGACCUUCUCCAAAAGAAGGAAUGGUUUGAUUAAGAAAGCCAGGGAGCUCUCCAUCCUCUGCGACGCUGAAGUUGGUCUCCUCGUUUUCUCCUGCACCAACAAGCUCUACGACUUUGCCAGCACCAGUAUGAAGUCUGUUAUUGAUCGAUACAACAAGCAGAAAGAAGGUCAAAGUCAACCGUUGAAUCCUGCUUCAGAAGCCAAGUUUUGGCAAAGGGAAGCAGCAAAGCUCAGGAGGGAACUGCAGUCCUUACAAGAGUAUCACAGGAAACUAAUGGGAGAAGAGCUGUCAGGGUUGAGUGCCAAUGAUCUGCAAAACUUGGAAAACCAGCUAGAGAUGAGCCUCAAGGGAAUUCGCACGAAGAAGAACCAGGUUUUAAUUGGGCAAAUAACAGACUUGACAAAAAAGGGAAAUCUAUUCUAUCAAGAGAAUAUAGAACUGCACCGACAGUUGGACCUUCUGAGGAAGGAAAAUUCAGAAUUGCGAGACCAGGUCACGGGAGAAAGGGAUGCCGAAAGGGAUGCAACACUAGUACUGCACAAAACUUGUCAUCACCAACAUCCACAAACUACUACUAGUAACCAGUUCGAGUUCAUACCUCAUCAGUUAGACUUCAACUGCCCCAAACAAAACUAG